UAAGUUGAUCGUUGAUAAAGGGUCCGGAAGUAUGUGCAUUUCUGUCAUUACUUGAUUCGCCAUGUCGUCGCUACACAUAGUGGUUAGUGUAUUCUCCUUAUAUCUCAUCUAUGUUGCUAACUCAACUAUGGAUCCCUACAAAGCUCUGAACAUCAUCCUGAACCCAGAUGGCACCCUGACACGCUUAAGCAUUCCUCCGCAAAGCCCUCCCUCACCGGAUCCCACCCUCCCGACACCCGCUCUCUCCAAAGACCUCAGCGUCAACCAAUCCAAGCACACAUGGGCUCGGAUCUACCUACCCCACAACACCAAAUCCAAACUACCGCUCAUUGUGUUCUACCACGGUGGGGGCUUUAUCCUCUACAACGCCAACUCCACUUACUUCCAUGAUUUCUGCGCCAACAUGGCCAACCAAACCCAAUCCAUCGUCGUUUCGCUCGAAUACCGCCUUGCCCCGGAGCACCGUCUCCCCGCGGCCUACCAAGACUCCCUCGAAGUGCUGCACUGGAUCAAAACCUCCGACGACCCGUGGUUGCGCCACGCGGAUUACUCGCGAUGUUAUCUCAUGGGGGAGAGCGCCGGGGGUAAUAUCGCCUACAACGCGGCUCUACGUGCAGCUGCCGAAGUUGAUCACAUCAAGCCGAUCCAGAUAAAAGGGGUGGUGUUAAUUCAACCCUUUUUUGGUGGGACCCAGAGGACCCCAUCGGAGGUGAGGCUUGCUGAGGAUAAGACUAUACCUUUGCCUAUUACUGAUCUCAUGUGGAAUCUUUCGUUGCCCGUUGGCGCUGACCGUGAUCACGAGUAUUCCAAUCCAAUGCUCCAGGGUGGUGGUCAUGCUAGGAUUUUGGAUGAGAUUAGGGCACUUGGCUGGAGGGUUGCGGUGUUUGGGUGCCAAGGGGACCCACUGGUGGACCGUGAUAGCGACCUGGUCAAACUGCUCCAUGCCAAGGGUAUUCACGUGGUUGGCAAAUUUUAUCAAGGGGGUCGACAUGGCAUUUUCAUCGGUGAUCCUUCCAUGUCUCAACAAGUCUUUCAUUUACUUCAAACUCUUUAUGGAUAGCUUACUUAUCUUUUCUCUCGCUUCGCUUUACUUAGAUCAUGUUCUCAUCAUUUCAUGAUCCAUGCAUCUAAUAAUGCUGCCCCAAGGCUAAAACUAAUAAAUCAAAUCAUUUAUUAUGUCAAACAUUUCCCCUCAA